AUGGCUCCUCCAGCUCGUCAAACCGCUGAAGGUGUUCGAAGACUCCGAGACAAUACGAAAGCAACUCUACUUGCUCAUCAGACAUGGGCUCAAAGCGCCUCGGAGAAAUCUACAAGGGAGAUACAAAGACGAAUUCAGCAGAUCGACGCAAAGUAUGCUGAGAUUACAGCACUCAACGAUGAGUUAUUACUGUUAGACGCGGAUGAAACAAGUGAGUUUAUUAUCGAGAUGGAAGCGAUUUAUCUCGAAUUAAUAUCCAAAUUAGAAACUAUACUAGAUGGUCGUGUGACAAAUGAUGUAGAGAAUAAUUCCGCUAUGGGCUCUGAGUACCGUAGUUGUCACGACGAUGCGCCAACCGUUCGCCUGCCAAAACGCAAUCUACCACAGUUCAGUGAUAAGACCGAAGAUUGGCCAAGCUUUUACCAACGGUUUACAUCCAGUUUACGCUCCUCCAGGCUUACAGAUUUUGAUCGUUUCGAAUACUUGCUAGAUUGUGUUAAAGGUGAGGCUUACGAUUUAAUCAAAGGAAUACCUUUACUUGAAGAAAACUACCAGUCAGCAAUCAAGGUUCUACGCAAACGCUUCGAGAAUAGACGCCUGAAUCUACGCCUGUUCCUGAACAAGUUGUUCCAGUUACCUUCUGCAGCAGACAGUGAUCCGGAUUCUCUUCGUAAGCUGAUUACUACUAUCACCUGUACGGUUCGUGCUCUCGAGAACAUGGAUUUUAAGCUCGACCUACUCUCCAGCGAAUUAAUCAGCCAGCUUGUCGUUACGAAACUCGAUAAGCGUACCCGUGAGCUUUGGGAAAUGACCUUGAGCGAAGAGUUAGCCAAAGCGAACAAAACCGAAGAGGAGCCAGACGACAAUAAACCUAGCUCGUAUACCCAGUUGAUGGAAUUCUUAGAACUCAGACUACGUGUGCUCUCCUCUGUUUUCAUUGGCGAUCGUCCGAAGAAAGAAUCGAGCGAGGUGAAAUCUCAACGUACUCGUACUGCAGCGUUAGUUACUACUACCACAACAGCCAACGGAACGCCGAAUACGCCACCUCCGAAUUCAGCUGGUUCACCCCAGACUACAGCAGCUCCUCGUUCCUGCCCGUGUUGCAACCAGAUACAUCCGUUGUACCAGUGUGCCAACUUCAAAGCUCUCAGUAUUGCAGAUCGCUACAAAAAGGUUCGAGAUGAACGAUUGUGCGUGAACUGCUUCUCAAAGGGUCAUUACGCAGCCCAAUGUCGUUCGAUUCACUGUCGGCAGUGCAACAAGCUCCAUCAUACGUUACUACACUCAGAGUCUACCGUCGACCCGCUGAAGCCUCCGCCUACUGAUCCGUCAUCCGGUACCAGACCUCAACCGAAUGCAGGUCCUCAGCCAGAUCCGAAGGUUGUAGUCACGGUAGUAUCGAGGCGACGCACCGGCGGCGGCGUGUUACUUGCAACUGCAAUCGUAACGGCGAAAUCAGCGCACAGUUCGUGUGAGGCGACAAUUCUGCUUGACGGCGCAUCGCACACUUCCUUCGUUACAACACGACUUCAGAAACAGCUCAACUUACCUACUUCACCGUUCAAUGUGACGAUCAGCGGUAUUGGCAGCGCUGCAGCGAAUUCCAGUCUACGUACCAAGGUGCAACUUUCUGCGCGUGAUUCAUCAUUCUCCAUCGACCUCUCAGCGUUAGUGAUUGAUCGAAUUACGGAGCCCCUUCCCUGCGACGCAUUCACCAUUCCUCCAGAAUGGCAGGUGGAAGGUAUAAGGCUCGCCGAUCCGAAGUUUAACGAACCCAAAGAGAUUGACAUACUAAUUGGAGCAGACACGAUAUACGAUAUACUACAACCAGAAUUUCUACGUCGACCGAAUCUACCUGUGUUGCAGAGCUCUCGGUUUGGUUGGUUGUUAGCCGGCCCGUAUUCAGCACCCAGUUUACCUACACGUGUACAUUGCUGCAAGGCAACAGUUACCUCCGAAGAACUGCACGCUAUAACACAAUUUCUCGACGCUGACGGUCCACCACGCGACACCGACAAACAAACUUCCGAUGAACGAGAGUGCGAGCGCAUUUUCGAUGAAACCUACCAACGUGACGAGACCGGACGCUUCAUCGUUGCACUCCCACGUCGCCCAGGGUUGACAGUUGGUGAAUCGCGUAACCAGGCAGUUGCUCAGCUACGACGCACUCGCAUCGAUGACCAGUACCAGCAGUUUAUGACGGAGUACGAAGAUCUCGGUCAUAUGACGCGAUGCGCUCCUCCAACUCCAGAUCAAGAAGUAUACUACCUACCGCAUCAUGCAGUAUACCACAACGGUAAAAUUCGAGUGGUAUUCAACGCCUCUGCGCCAUCCAGUAAUGGCGAUGUCAUCAAGCUCUACCGACAGAUUCUCCGUGCGAUGAUACACAGAGACCUACAACGAAUUCUUGCCAGCGACGGCGAAGCCGAUUUCCCAGCUGCUGCUGAAGUUCUCCGACGCGAAACAUACAUGGAUGACAGCACAUCAGGCGCCGACACAAUUGAAGCGGCUCAACAACUUCGAGACGACCUCGUUUCUCUACUCAAGACUGCUGGGAUGGAAUUUUCGCCAUCGAAAUGGCGCGCGAACCAUCCGGCAUUACAGCUUCCUAGCUCCGAACCCAUCGAUCCUAAGAUUCAAGCGCGUGGCAACGUACUCGGUAUCGAAUGGGACACAGCCGCUGACACGUUCCUGUUUUCGAAUCUUGCUGAUUUGAAGUCGCCAGAAACUCCGUUUACUCGACGAACUGCGCUUUCGUUAGUAGCGAAGAUAUUCGACCCAUUGGGGUGGCUGUCUCCACUCACCGUUACCGGAAAGUUACUAAUCCAGGAGUUGUGGUUAGAGAAGGCGGAUUGGGACGACCAGAUCUCGCCUAGCAUGCAGCCACGUUUCAACGAAUUUGUUUCGAAGAUCCCAGUUCUUGCCGACAUCAGUAUCUAUCGUUAUCUCGGCACCGGCGACGUCAAACUUAUGCAAUACGAAGUGCAUGGGUUCUCUGAUGCAAGUAAACAAGCGUUCGCUGCGUGCGUCUACAUUCGACAAGUUAACGGACCUGAUGUUACCAUCAGAUUAGUACAAGCGAAGACACGUGUUGCGCCACGUACCACCGCACGUACUAUUCCUCAGCUGGAGCUGUGCGCCGCUCUUCUUCUUGUCGAAUUACUGAAGGAGGUAUGCAGCGCACUCGACUACCCCAUCAAUCGAUGCAAGUUAUACACAGAUUCGACAAUCGUACUCGCUUACCUGGCAAAGGAUGCCGGUCAUUGGAAGCCGUUCGAGGCCAACCGUGUGCGAAAAAUCACCGAAGUUGUCUCAGUGGACCAGUGGCGACAUAUCCCAGGAGAACUAAAUCCUGCAGAUUUAGCAACCCGUGACGACUCCUUCGAAAAGUUCCUCGCCAACCAACAGCUGUGGUUGUGCGGUCCCGAGUUCCUACAUCAGAUCGAAGAUUCCAGCGGCCUAGUCCGCUCAGUUGAUAAUAUUGAUCCAGAUUUCGUAGUCCUAACCACCAGAGUUGCUGUCAACCCUCAACCAGUUUCCCUGGUGGAAUUCAACUUCGUUUUACAUCGUACGUCUCAGCUGUGCCGACUCAAGCGUACAAUUGGCCACAUUGUUCGUCUUGGUCAGCGAAUUCGUGCCCAGAGUCAAGGCCUACCGGAGCCCACUGGUGCACUGACAGCAGCUGAACUUAGUCAAGCCUUCGACUGGCUCAUCCGAGUAGCACAGGCUUCCUCCUUUCCAGCCGAAAUUCGUGCACUACAGCAGAGUAAGCCAGUUCCGAAGAAAAGCUCUCUAGUAUCGUUGACUCCGUUCCUCGACAACAAUGGCGUGCUGCGAGUUGGUGGUCGACUUGCUAACGCUGCACUACCCUUUCAUCAGAAACAUCCGAUACUGUUACACGCUACGAGUCGCCUAGCUACUUUAAUCAUACGCGACACGCAUCACCGCUAUUUUCAUGCUGGAGAAAGAUUCAUCUUGAAUUUUCUACGCUCUCGAUACUGGUUCAAUGGGAACUUGUCUAACGCCAUCAAGAAGUGCGUCCAUACCUGCGCUCGCUGUAUUCGAUUUGCCAUACGACGACCAGAGAUGCCACUGAUGGGAGAUCUACCAGCGGUGCGCGUCAACGUAUCCUUACCCUUCAACGACGUCGGUAUCGAUUAUGCCGGACCUAUCUCGACUCGAGGCAAGGCAUGCACUGCUCGUGGCCCUGCGCUCACUGUUAAAUCAUACUUUGCUAUCUUUGUGUGCAUGACAACGAAGGCUGUCCAUCUCGAAGUUGUGUCAGAGUUGACUACGGACGCCUUCAUCGCUACCUUACGACGAUUUGCCGCCAGACGCGGUUUUCCACAAUCCAUUACAUCUGAUAACGGCACAAACUUUGUCGGUGCGGAUGCCGAAUUCCAGAAAUGGAUUGCUCGACUUGCCAAGGACGAAGCUGUACAGAAUUUCAGCGCUGACAACGGUUUCCGCUGGGUUUUCAACCCCCCUUCAGCUCCGCACAUGGGCGGAUUAUACGAAGCGGCCGUGAACUCCGUCUGGUGCUGGAAUCGAAGCACUUACCCCAGCGCAUUUCCUGAUUGGGCGCUCGCUCCUUUCCGCUCCUGGCGAAUACACCGAACCUACUCGACUGAACUUUACCCAGCGCUGGCAUCUCCUCCAGCAACUAAGGAAUUCGUUCUGGCCAAAAUGGAGCAAGGAAUAUCUACGAGUACUCCAGAGACGUAA